UUCAAUUAAACAUUUCAAACACCCACAGAGUCUUGCUCCAAAUUUAAGUUGAUCAAUUGCACCAAGGAGUGUAAAAAGUUUAUAUCCGUGUCAUGAUCAUUGACCACAAGUGCGUAUCUAAAGACAGAUCCGAUCAGUGAAACAUAUAAAUUAGACAAGAGCAAUUCUCGAAAUCCAGUCGCUAAUUUCGUGGUGAAGGUGUUGCAAGCAGAACUAACAUAAAAUUCAAUAUGAUCAGUCGAAUCUAUUCCGUGUAUUUGGUUGCCAUUUUGGUGCUUUGUGAUUCAAUUGCGGCUCAACAAUUCUGUCACCAGAUUCAAUUCAAUCGAAAUACAUUUUCGAAAGAUAUGAAACCAUGUGGAGAUAAAUCAAAGAGCCCGUUUGUCAUCAAAGAUUUCAACGAAAACUUCAAACCACAUAUCUCGGACUCGAAACAAUAUCUAUCAAACAACUUUGUUAACUCGUGUGCUGAACUUGCUCCAAGACUAUCAUUGACUGCAAAUUCCUCCAUUCACGCAAACAUUUACUUGAAAAAAGUAAAAGACGAAUUUGUAGAGAUCGUCGUGUACGAUGCGUCAAGAAAUCAGGUUAUGGAGCGAUUUAGACAAAAUAUCUAUGGAAAUUUCAAUGAGCUGGUUGGUCGUGUUCGUGUAGACGUACCGAACGCCAAGAUCGAAAUAAUCGCCGGAAGCAUCACAGCACAAAGCAUGCUUGCAAUUGAGUAUUUGUAUGUUCUAAAUUCGGCUAUUAACACUAAAGAAUGUCGACCACCCUAUAAACCAGAGCCGUUCCUCGUAUGGUGGGUCAUCAUUGCCGUGUCAUUGGGCAUUUUAUGUUUUAUCCUCCUCUCAGUUGGCAUUUACUGCAUAAUUGAUCGUCGCCAGAAAAUGGCGAAUCAACCAAAAUAAAUGAAAAUAUACAGAAUUUUCUGAAAUUUAAUUUUUUCAAUGUUAUACUAUUUUAAUCUUUAAAGAUUGUUAUCGGAAAUAAAUUUGAACAUGAAUUUUGAAGCAAGUAAA